AUGGCCGUGGAAGCUAGUUUAUCCCUGCAGGUCCUUACUGUUUCUUUACUGCACACACGAAAACUAUGCUGUUGUUUAGUUCUGCUUUAUGCGUGUAUUCUAUGCCUGCAGGUUUCAUAUGUGAAGGCCAACGAUGCCAUGGUUGAAGUGUAUGAAUCUUCAAAGUCAUCAUUGAAAAGCUCCAGACAAGUAAUAAUUGAAUCUCAGGAUGAAGUAGCCAGCUCCCCGGGUGUAUCCAGUCGUUUUGGGUACACCCACAAGAGUAGAAGUGACCAUGGAGUCCUUGCUAAUCUCAGGGGUCGCUAUAUGUCUGCGGGUGGCAGUGGACAAGUGCAAGGGCGUCUGCAUUUGCUUUCACUGGACAAUUGUGGCAAAGAUGAGGACCGUGGAUUUGCCCGCUUACCUCAAGAUUGGGUCGGGGUCAUUCACUACUCAGCAGAAACUGAUGGGAUAGUAGGAGAUGGCAGCCCUGGUGACUGUCCUCUGGUUAUGGAGAGGGUUAGAAAAGCUCUCAUGUUUGGAGCAUCAGCCAUCAUCAUCCUCUCACUGAAUCCAGGGGUCAUUAAAGAGCUUGAUGUUUCACAAGUGGUUUCCAGACCUGUAGUUCUGAUUGACACAAGAGAGAAUAUCACAGCAAUAAUGACACUGCUGUUAAAACGCAUCAAGUACCAGGUUAAAGUUGUUGCUGGGGGCAAAAGUCAACAUCACACGGUAAACAUACUUUACCUAGCACCAGUGAAGACAUCAAUGUCUACUGCAGGCCUAGCACCAGAGAAGACAUCAAUGUCUACUGCAGACCUAGCACCAGAGAAGACAUCAUCUACUAUGAGAAAGACUGCUCAUCAAGCGUUGUCUCUUAUGAAGACAAUGCGCUACAAAAAGAAAGGGGAAGUUACUCUCCUUGAUACCUGUGCAAUAUGUCUAGAGGAGUUUCUGCAUAAACAGAAACUGCGAAUUUUGCCAUGUGCUCAUCCCUAUCAUACACGCUGUGUGGAUCCCUGGCUGGUACGCAACAGAACCUGUCCAUUGUGCAAGCUCAACAUUAUUG